CGAGCCUCUGGAGAUGUCGAGCCGCAUGCGGGCAUCGCAUCAUUUUCGCGUAUUUCACCCAAACAUUUGACGGCCAGUCCGACAUGGAUCAUAAAUCAGAUGCAUUCGCCCACAUCAUUCACCGCUUUAAAGGUUGCAAGGGCUGACAGGGCGCCAGACGAUGUUGCGACUGCGGCCAUCACUAUCGGUACCACUGUUACUGCGGCUUCUGCUCCCGCUGGUGUUUCAAAAGUUGCCGUUGUUAACCCCGCUGCUCGCACUUCUCCCUCCUCCACAGUACAGGUUAGCGAUGGAGUAAGGAUAGCACCAGUGCCAAGUCCACAACAUCGCGACACGUUACCCACGACCGAACACGCACCUGACGCAAUCAACCCAAGCAACUUUGCUACUGAAAGCCUAACUGAACAUUCCGUGUCUUUUUUAAAGAAGCCUCAGGAAACGGAGAGCGCCUUACUUCUCCAGAGCAGUGUGGACUUCCUUGAGGUUGAUCCCCAAGAGGAACUGCAAGCGAGGAGGUUUGAAACGCAUUCUUCACGGAAGUCCGAGACGAAUUCUGUGGACAAUAUGGCAUCGGCUGCAUCAUCGCCGACAGGAAGCAGUUGGUCUCAACGAGAGGUGCAUUCAGCGAUAUCAACAACAGAACGGCGCAUUGUGGCCUGCUCUGGAAACCCAAGCGUUGCCACACAGCAUGACGCAGGGAGCGUUGAAUUCCGUUCAGUUGAAGUCCAAACGGACUGUGAAUCUCCAGCAAAGGAAAUUGUAUGCGAUAUCUCGCUGGGGAAUACUCAAGGAGCACUUCAAGAGCCGACCGAAGCAGCUCCACGGCAAGAAGAAGAAGAAGAAGAGGAAGGGGGAGCAAAGAACGUCCUGGGUUUGAGCAGCAUUCACCUUCCCCAUACGGUUUCCAAUCUAACUGUGUCGUCGACGAGGCCGGCGCUUGAGAAGUAUGGCAUGGGCACACGUUGUGAGGAACGGAACGAAGAGGCUCAUUCAUUGGAGGCUGAAGAAGAAGGCGUAUCGAGCAAAGACAGCGCCGCCGAGCCCGUCGCAGAUGGUUUUAAUGAGGCUUUGAAUGGGAAAUCGCAAGAGUCUGCUUGGAGUGUGCCGAACCAGGAAGAGGAAGGAAAGGGGCCAAAAAAUGACUUGAGUUCAAAUGAUGCUUUCAAAAUUCUAACACAUCACAGUGGCUCUACGGAAGCCACUGAGAUGCAGCUAGAGCAGCCCCUCACUGUGACGAAGGAUGUUGCGUUCAGGGCUGGCCGUAUUGUGGAGAAAUGGCUGGAUGUGAAGGCAAAAUGGCAGGGACUUUCCAUCAGCCAUUUACUGAAACGUGAGUCGAGUGCCGUCAUCAAAGAGUUCCAACAUUUUCUUGCUGUCUGCAUGGAACUCAAGCAAAGGCACGCGGAUUAUCUUGCAUACCUUGACUCCCCGUAUGGACACACAGUGCGGGGGGAUCUGGUUCUCCGAAUAUCGUUGCUUGCGACAUCGAACAUGGAGGGCGAUGGCGGCGGUGAGAUAAAACCCCCGUGGAGACCUGCGGAAUUGCAUGGUGAGAGUGCUGAAACGCCCAGUGAAAAGUCUAACGACGAUUUCAAAAAAAACAAUAUUUGUGACGCGAAAAGAAAGUCAAGUGCGGCGGCUCUGGCGACGGAACUUUUGAAGUUAAGUGUGCGUGAAGUAAGUGCCAACUUGGGGUGCGGCGUUUUGCACAUAUUCCGUGUGGGAGGUACGUGCCCUGCGCUGUACUGCACUCUCAUGAAGCCAUACGCUGACGGUCCGGGCGAGAUUACACUCAUGGGAGAGUCAUUUCCAGUGGAGGUGCUAAGAACGACCAUCUUGGAGGAUCUGUGUGAGGCACGUGAGGAGAGUCGCCGUGACUGGGUUCAGCUCUCCACGCUAUGGAAGGAAGCCAUUUCUGGUGUCCUUCAACACGGUGUCUUUACGGAACACAUGCAAAAAGUGCGGCAAUUGUUUUUUGAGCUCGCUUUCUUACUACACUGCCCUGGAGAGAUACGGCUCAGUGUCAGGUAUCAGCGACACAUGGACCCUUUUCCGCCCAACAACGCUGAAUGCGUGGUCCAGACGGAGAAGACGGAGGGCGAUUUUAACGUCACAGGAACAUCCAACCGGAGUCCGUCCAGAACGAGUUCCACGGAAAGAAAGGCCGCUCUUUCAAACUUGUGUAAAGAAUUUCUUCCACACCUGCAAGAACUACAGGACACCUACUAUCUGUAUUUUGAGCUUCUUGAGCCUUUUCUUCUGCAUUCAAUGUGCCAUCUGGACACGGUUUCGACUCUCACAGACGCGAUGAAAUGUAAAGAGUUGGUUGAUUUCCUGAAAGUCACUCAUGAGGCACAGAUGUUGGAGCAGCGAGCAGAAGAGACUGGGACACCCUUGCCAUUGGCCGUUGUGGAAGAGGAACGAGCGGCUUUUCUUAAAUUGGUGGGAGCACGAAAGGCAGGUGAAAUUAUGCCGCUCCCCCAAGAGUGGUGGGAGGCUGACAACUUGAGCAGCAAAAACAAAUUUCCUUAA